GGUUGUGGUGAAAGUAAGUAGCAAAGCAGCACGUUAAAGUUCCCACCUGACCCAAAUACGCUGCUAAUUACUGAUGGAAAUUUCCCUCAGCUACUAGUAAGUAUUUAAACUUCACUACCAGAGACAGAUCUUAUCAGUUCAUCCAGACUGACACUCCUGCUCUUAACAUAAUCCACGGCUGAAGAGAAUGGCAAAGGUUGUUGCUUGUGUCUCCAUACUGCUGGUGCUGCUGGCGACGCUCGGUGAAAGCAGUCCCAUUUUAUGCUGCACUAAAUAUCAACCAAAACCACUCAGUAUCAGAGUACUCAAAGACUACACCAUUCAAGACAUCAAUUACUGCAAACUUGAAGCAGUAAUUUUCACGACUAUCAGGGGCAGAUACGUGUGUGGUAAUCCGAAAGACCCGUGGGUUCAGAGGGCCAUGGAGAAGCUGCCACAAAGAUCAUCAGUCAAAGCAUGAAGGCAUCAAUUCAAAGUGAAUUAAAAUAAUAUUUGUAUUCCUUUAAAUCUGUUUAUGUGAAUCCAAUAAAAAUAUAUAUUUUAUAUGUAAAUUGAA